UAAAGCUGGCUGUCUCAGUCUUACCCUGUGCACAGGGAUAGAGUCCCUUCAGCCACUGGCUACACAAACCAGCGGGGAGCACACAUUAGUAUAGGCAUAAUGGGACUGACGUUGCACAACUGGGCUACUGUGCCUCUCCUGUCCUUACUCUUUUCCUCUUGCACAGGAUAUCCGCCUUCCAAAGAUAAUUGCUGCAUCUUAGAUGAACGAUUUGGUAGCUAUUGCCCAACCACAUGUGGUAUUGCAGACUUUUUCAGUACCUAUCACACUUCUGUGGAUCGGGAUCUUCAAAUCAUUGAAAAACUCUUGCAGCAAAUUAAUAACAGCACUGCAGUAACAGAACAGGUGAUCCACCAUAUCCGUAACAUCUACCCAGAAGAAAAAACGGCUGAUCCACAUGUGAUUGAUGGUUUUACUCAAAAAUCCAGGAAAAUAAUUGAAGAAUUUAUAAGAUAUGAAGCAACUAUUAUAAAUAAUGAAGAUGUUAUACAGCAGUUGACAAAUAUGUAUAUUUUAAAUAAUAAUAAGAUCACACAACUGAAACAAAAGAUUGCACAGCUUGAGGUGAAAUGUCAGGAGCCAUGCAAAGACACUGUCCAAAUACUGGAUGCAACUGGAAAAGAUUGCCAAGACAUUGCAAACAAAGGUGUCAGAAAAAGCGGUCUUUACUUCAUCAAACCUCUAAAAGCUAAAGAGCAGUUCCUCGUCUAUUGUGAGAUUGACACAUCUGGCAAUGGAUGGACAGUGUUCCAGAGAAGACUUGAUGGGAGUGAGGACUUCAACAAAAAUUGGGUUCAGUACAAAGAAGGAUUUGGACACUUGUCACCAGAUGACCAAACAGAGUUCUGGCUGGGCAAUGAAAAGAUUCAUUUAAUAACCAGUCAGUCUCCUAUUCCAUAUGCCUUAAGAAUAGAACUGGAGGACUGGGAUGGCCAAAAAAGGACUGCUGACUAUGCCAUGUUCAAAGUGGGACCUGAAACUGACAAGUUCCGAAUCACCUAUGGCUACUUUAUUGGUGGUGAUGCUGGGGAUGCCUUUGAUGGGGUUGCUUUUGGAAUUGAGUCAAGUGACAAGGCUUUUACAUCCCAUAAUGCCAUGCAGUUCAGUACAGCUGACAAUGACAAUGAUAGGUAUGAAGACAAUUGUGCUGAACAGGAUGGAUCUGGAUGGUGGAUGAAUAGAUGUCAUGCUGGACACCUCAAUGGCAAAUAUUAUCCAGGUGGCAGGUACACAGAGAAAAAUUCUGGAACCGAUAACGGUAUUAUCUGGGCAACCUGGCAUGAUCGGUGGUAUUCCCUGAAGAAAACUUCCAUGAAAAUCAUUCCAUUCACCAGACUUUCAAUAGGAGAAGGACAGCAGCAGGCAGGCGGUGUCAAACAGGUUGGAGAUGUUUAAAGGGACAUUUCAACAAAGAUUUAUUGGGACAGAAAAACAAAAUCUUCUAUACGUGGGACACUGACCUCACGUAACUUUCUUCAGUUCAGCUUUGCCUGUAGAUGAUGCCCAAUAGUAAAAACAAAAUUGUGAAAUCCCUGAGCCUUUCUCCAUGAGCAGGUUAUUGGGUAUACUCUUUGUGUGGUUACUUUUCUGUAUGUAUUCUCAAUAAACUUUUGAUUACAGUAAGCAAACAAAAUUUG